AUGAAGUUUAAACUAGUCACAUUAAAUAUUUGGUAAGUGUUUACUUCUUUUAUUUUGUUUUACGUGUAGGUUGUUGCCAUACCCUCAUCCGCUGGGCAGUAAAGAUAGAAAGUAUCGGUUGGAAAAGUUUUGUGAAGAGUUGAAAGAGCUUGAUGUUGAUGUAGUGUGUUUACAAGAGGUAAGAGUUUGCUGACAGUUAUCUACGACAGCGAUUAUUGAUAGUUAUUUUACGAAAUUCUGUCGAAUCUUAGAACUUUGCUUAAUUUUAUAACGGAAUACGAUAUUGAUGUAAAAAAUUAAAUUUUGCCGUUUUUAAACUUAUGUUUCAGCUUUGGAACGAAAAAGAUUUCUUGUAUCUACAUUCAGAGUUGCUGCACAAGUUUCCACACGGCCAUUAUUUCCACAGGUAUUUAUCCAAAUCCUAUAGUAAUCUAAACUUUGUACGGACUUAAUGUUAAUGUUGUUUAUAGUGGUUUCACUGGCAGUGGAGUUGGUGUUCUGAGUGCUCACAAGAUUAAAGGAACCUUGAUUCAUCGAUAUUCAUUGAAUGGGUUUGCUCAUCAUGUUCAUAGAGGGGACUGGUUUGGAGGGAAGAUCGUGGGCAUGGUAGAGUUGGAUUGGAAUGGAAAGUCGGUGACUGUUUACACUACCCAUGUAAGGGCAGUUUAAGGAUUUAAAUAGAUAUUGGUUACGUUUUAUUACCUAAUUAAUCAAGUACAAAAAAAACUUUAAUAAAAAAUAUAUUGUUUUUCAGCUUCACGCUGAGUAUAACCGAGAAAAUGAUCUAUACCUACCUCAUCGUAUAGCACAAUGUUUUGAACUAGCUCAGUUUGUCAGAUACACCAGUGGCGCUUCUGAUAUGAUAUUGUUGGCAGGCGAUUUCAAUAUUGAACCAGAAGAUUUGGGUUAUUUGAUCAUAAGAUAUGUUGGGAACUUAUACGAUGCUUGGGAGAAUCGACCGAAUGUUGAAGAUAAGGACGGAAUGACUUGUGAAAGACCAGACAACAUCUACACCCCGGCCUAUAUGAGGAAGGCAUGUCCUGAAGGGAAACGAUUGGAUUAUAUUAUGUAUCAGAGUGGGAAAUGUAAGUGUGUUUGUUUUGUUUUACGUUUUUAGAGGUAUCUACUUUCAUUUUAAUGGCAGGUUAGUGUUAUAGACCUUUUUUUUGGUUGAUCUGGUUUAUCUUUUUUUUGGUUUUGUAUAGAAGUUAUGUGUAGCUACUGCAAAUAAUCAACAAAAAGAGUAUAAGAUUCUUAUUCUUCGUUAAUUUAUGCAGAAAUUAUAAUUUUAGCUUGUUUGCAACUAGAAGAAUGUACCACUUGUUUUAAUCACAUUAAUGACGACAAACCUACUAACUUCUCGGAUCAUGUUGGAGUUACAGCUACCUUUAAGGUAUCUUCAGGUGGUAAGUCUUAUUUUAUUAUCAUUUUUAUUACUAUAUGAUUAAUAAGUUUUAACAGCAUUUAAUGUUGGAAUUUUUAGAUGACUCUCCGUCUGCUGAUGUCUGCUUGCCUAAUGUCCCGUUACCUAAUUCAUUUUUGGAAAAAGCGCUGACUAUUGUAGAAGAAGGUGAAGUUCGAGUAUUGUGGGAUAGAAGACUGUUUAUGGCUAUGUGUAUUAUUGCGUUUUCUUUGAUUUUGCUAACUAUUAACCUGGAAAAUGUAUUUCCAUCGACUACACUCAUCGUAAGUACAUUUGUGGUCGCGUUUUUUAUUUUUAGUUAUAUAUUAUUAGUGUAUCUCAUGGGUAUUUUGUGGAAAGGUUGGUAAUUUAAUUAUGAAUAUUAAUUCUUAAUUUUUAGGUAGAGACAUCUAGGUUUAUAUUAACUUUGUUCAUUGGAUUCUGCUUGUGGCAUGGGCUUGUAGGCCUAACUAUGGAACGAAAAGCCUUAAGAGAAACGAAACAUACGAUUAGAAACAUGCUCAACAUGGAUGCUGACUUGUCCUAG